GCAGAGCAAACAUCCCAAGAGAUUCAGGCAAGAGAUAAAUAUUAUGUCUCACAUACACAGCUUACAUCUUACAUCAUAGAAUUGUGCAAUAUCUUUCCUUCUUUGCAGAUUUCUUUCAAGGGAGCAAGAUGUCUGAUUUCAGUCUGUGGCUGAUUUUUGCUGGGCUCCUGGCUGUUGGGAGUUGUGGUGACAUCAAACCACCCAAAGCUUCGCCCUCACUGAAAAUAGCCCCUGGCAAUGCAGAUUUUGCUUUCAAAUUCUAUCACCAGCUUGCUUCAGAGGCUGCCAAUAAGAAUGUUGUUUUUUCUCCUGUGAGCAUAUCUAUUGCUUUUGCAUUGCUAUCACUGGGAGCUAAAGCAAAUACUCUGAGACAGCUUUUAUUAGGACUUGGUUUCAACUCAAAGGAGAUCAGUGAGCAAGAAAUACACAAUGGUUUUCAUCAUCUUCUCCUUGAGCUAAAUCGUCCUCAGGCUGAACUUGAACUGAACAUAGGAAAUGCCCUCUUCACACACGACCAGUUCAAACUUCUGCAGAAGUUCUUGAAGGAUGCCAAACAUUUUUAUCACUCAGAGAUACUUCCUACUAACUUCAAGAAGCUUAAAGAAGCAGAACAGCGGAUUAACAGCUACAUAGAGAAGAAAACCCAUGGGAAAUUAAAAGAUGUAGUCAAGAAUCUUGAUCCACUGGUAGUGACAGUUAUUGUAAACUAUGUUUUCCUAAAAGCUUACUGGGAAAAACCAUUCAAUUAUCAACUUACUCAGGAAGAUGACUUCUUUGUAGAUGAACAAACAACUGUGAAAGUUCCUAUGAUGAAUAGAGACAGCUUUUUUAAUGCCUACUAUGACAAGGAUCUGGGCUGUCAGGUGGUAUGUCUUCCAUACAAAGGUGAUGCUUCAGCAUUAUUCAUUCUGCCAGACCCGGGAAAAUUGAAACAGGUGGAAGAUGCUCUGGGGAAAAAAGUUCUAUUAAAAUGGGAGAAGUCACUGAGACCACAAAAAAUACAUCUCACCCUUCCAAAGUUUUCACUUGAUGGUAGCUAUGAUGUUGAAAAAUCAUUAAGAAAAUUGGGAAUUACGGACGUAUUCACAGACCACGCAGACCUGUCUGGAAUUUCUGGGGCACCGAAUCUGAAGGUUUCAAAGGCAAUCCACAACACUUACUUAAAUGUCAAUGAGAAUGGCACUGAAGCUGCAGCUGUCACUGUCAUUGAAGUGGGUCCAACUUCCGUCUCCGAACUUAUUAAAUAUGAUAGGCCCUUCAUCUUUUUGAUCUUUCACGAGCUAAACAAAUCUAUCUUAUUCAUGGGACGGCUUAAAAAUCCUAAUAAGAAGUAAACACUCAGUGGGUGGUCGUAUUUACUUUUGGAUCAGAUAUAAUAAUGAUGUUGUGAAAGUGGAACUGUUAGAAAAAUUGCUUUGCUUGAUUGUUUUUCUGGUUCAAAAUUCCUAAGCCAGUUUUGAAUGACUGUUAACCAAUAAUGUGUGUUCUAAUCAUAUGCAGUUUAUCUUACAAUAAUCUUUGCCCAAACAGCAUGUUUUUAAAAAGUGGAAUCUGUGCAGCCAAUGGGCUCCAAGAGGAUUCUGGGGGACUAUAUUCUGGCAGACACAUACACAUACACCAAGCCUCCUAGAGAUCCCUUAAGCCACUAACCUUCCUAUUAUUUUUUUAAAAAUUAAGGAUAUAAAUACUCAAAACAGCACUAAAAUAAGUUGUUUUGGUACCUCCGACCAUUCCUAUGAUUUUUAAAUCAAUAUUCUAUUGGUAUUGUAUUUUAAUCUUUGUACAAUACAUUUUAAUAUAUGUAUUUUAUGGUAAUGUAAUUUGUAUGAGUGUUUUAUCUGUGUUGUACCCUGCCUCAAGCCAUGAACAGAGGUGGGUAACAAAGAAUAGUUAUUGUUUUUUGUUGUUGUUGUUUAUGAUUUUCUACUGAGACGAGGACUCAGAAUCUGCUCAUCAUAAUUGGUUGUGAAAUACCCUUCUUUCACAAACCUGAUUUAUAGCUAAGAUUGUUCACCCAAGCUUUUGAAGUCCAGUAAUCAUAACUAAGUUCUGGAUUUCCACAUCUUUUAAAAAUCUUGCUCAAUUGUUUUAUUGUCUUUACCCUUGGCGUCUACCUUCUGUAUGGGAUAUAAAUAUUUUAAUAAAGAAAAAUAACUAAACCACAACUGUUUUCGAAAUACAACAGAAUUUUGAAGUGAGGUUCUUUGUGCUUUACUGCUAGAAAAGACUUGGAAGCAAAGCCAUGCAAGGAACAGCUUGGCACAGAGAAGAUUUAGAAAUGCUAUUACAGCUGAAUAUAAAGAUUUGAAGGAAUUUAGUGUAGUAGAUAGGGCAUGCAUGUUUACUGUUGCCCCAGAAACACAGACCCAAGUUGAUCCUGAGACUGAACUGGAAUGUCAGAUUCCAGAUCCACCCCAGAAUGGUUUUGAUAACCAGUUGCCCAGCUGCUGUGGAGGCAGGAAGGAGUUCUGAUCAAGGUAUUUGCUGGUGCUGAAUUUGGUUUGGGACCACUGGACCCUUGCUGUCCCUCUCUCAUUCUCAUUGUAGCAGUGACCAGCAGGUGAGACAUGGCUUGUGUCUGUCAUACAUUGCCUGGAGUGAUGGCCAGAAUGACAGCCAGGAUGGCACAGGAGAGGGAAGAGGAGGAAUCAUCCCCUCACACACACCCCUUCUCCAAUCAGCGCAUUACCCCAUCUAGUGUCAAUCCAGGUGACAAAGCCAUGUCAAAUCUGCUGGCUGCUGCAACAACCAGAACAGCAGGAGGAUGGUGAAUGCAGAGCAGGUUAAAUCACUGGUUGCAGUAAAUCUUGUUGAUCAAGAGGUUGACAGUUCAAAGCCUGGGUCAGGAUGAGCUCCUGGUCUUUAGCCUAGCUUCCAGUUCAAAGUCAAAAUGUAAGUAGAUAAAUAGAUACUGCUUAAAAACGGGGAGGUAUUUUAAAUGCACCCAUCGGAAAUGCCAGAAAAAUGUCAGCAAUUCAAUCAAGGAGGAAAAUUUACAAAGAAAGCUCUUCAGCAGGGAGAUGAAGUGACAGCAAUCUCCAUGGCCAGAACCGAGCACAAACCUCCAAGAUGUUGAAAGAUAGGGAAAGCCUAUAUAUCUCUGUCUAUGUACAAUUGUCUGUCUUGUCCUGCGUAUAAACGGCAUUGAAUGUUUGCUGCAUAAAUAUGUUCUGUGAUCCACCCUGAGUCCCCUUCUGGGUGUGAAGGACGGAAUAUAAAUGCUGUAAAUCAAAAUAAAUAAUAAAUGUCCCCCAGCCACCUGAGCAUGGGGACUAUGGAAUGGCCAUGUAAAGAGUUCCAUCAUGCAAAGUUGUAGGUCACUUCCAACUGUUGGGCUGAAUUAAGACGGAAUGGUUUGAGACUGCUUUAACCCGAAUCAGACCUUUGAAUAAUGCUUACUAUGGUACAAAACUGUGGUUUGCUCCAGAUUCUUGGGGAUAAUCUGGAAUAACUUGCAAUUUUUGUUACUGUGGAUUUAGUUGGAUUAACUGGUUCAGUGUAUAUGUGCUCUAGACAUGAACCCAUAAAUUCAGAUUUCAAAAAAAGAUAUUCCAUCUAAACAUAAGAAAGAACUUCUACAUUAUGAUAGAUGUGUGACAGAGCAAUACAUCACCUAUGAAGUUGGUUGACUUUCUUUCUUUGGAAGUCUUUAAGCAUAGGCUAGAUGGCAAUCUCUCAGGACUGUUUGAGUUGUGCAUUCUUGCCUGACAGGAACUAAAUGGCCUUUUGAGUCCCUUCCAAUUCAGUGAUUCUGUGACAACAAAAUUUGAACAUAUGUAGUUGUCUUUCAUCAUUAGAUGUCUUGAGCCACAAAGCUGCAUUAUGCUUCACAUUCUACUACUACACAACAAGAGCCAUAAAGUCUAAACAUAUCAAGUGUCUGACUACUAAAAAUGGGAUAAUUGUUAUCUGGUAUGUUCUCCACACACAUGUGUGGAAAGUAAACACACAUGCACACUCUUAAAUCUGAGACUUUCUCUAAGAAUGAAUGUAUGUAAGAUACACAUUUAGGCAGAUUGCUCUAUCCCACAGGGUCAAACUUGCGGCCCUCCAGAUGUUUGUGCCUCCAACCCUCAGAAGCUCUAAUGAGCUUGUCCAAUAGCCAGUAAUUCUGGGAGUUGAAGUCCAAAACACCUGGAGAGUCACAAGUUUGACACCCUUGCAUCCAAAUCAGACUCAGGUAAAGCAAUUUCUAUGCUCUAUAUAUAUUGAGGAGUGGCAUGUGUGCUAAUGUGAACUCCCUGGGAAAAAGGUGGCACAUACAAUUAAAUUAUGAGAAAUAGAAGAAAGUGGAGGAGGAGGAAGGUGUUAAUUUAAACUAUUAUGUGUUUUAAAUAACCUUUUACGUUAUUACUUCUCAAUGCACAAUGUUAUAAUUUACUUUCCUAAAUUUGAAAAAUGCCUUUAAUUCGCUGAAACCAUAGUAAGCCAUGCUGUAUUGAAUGAACUGGAAAAUCUGUGCUAGUACUCAGGCUGGAUCUAUAAUUCCAACAUAGUCCCAUGUAAUACAAUUAAAUCCAGUUAAGCUGCAUUACAUGGCAGUGUAGAUCCAGCCAAAAUUGGACUAAUGUUCUUGAUUAGAUUCAUAGCUAUAGGUUUCCUAUUCUCUCCAUGAGGGAGAUGACAUCUCACAUGUUCAAACAUAGCCUAUAACUUACAAUUUGUUUUUAUACUAGUAGAGAGCUGCUUCUCUGUGCAGUACAGUGUUUUUAGACGAUGUUUUCAGAGUCUUGCACUGUAUAUAACUAUAACUUCUGAUUGUUAAUCCUGGGCAGAUAAUAUUGCAGUUACAUCAUUUCUAGCAUAGCAUCAAAGACAGAGCUCAGCAGGCAAUAUUGGUCAUGGGGAGACAUUAGCUAAUGUCAAGAUGGAGUUGAUCAGGCAUGAUUGCAUUCUUAAAUACCUUAGAGAACACUCCUCUGGGUAUUUCUGUCAGAAGUUGGCCAUAGAAUUGCACUGGAGGAACCAGAAAUGCCUAGACAAUUAUUUUGGUUGCAUGUAGAACAGCAGUGACACCAAGUAGAGUAAUCCACAAAUAAUCAAAUCCAUAAAUGCAUAACCUGGAAAUGUAGAGGGAUAACAGAAAUGAAUCCUAGCACUAAGAAACAAAAUGAUUGAUGUGUCCGAGAUGUUAAAUAUGUACUUUGCUUAGAAGGACCAGGAUAAUGUCGUCUAAUAAAAUCUUACAUUCUGUACAGAA